UUCGGAUUGAACCCAAACAAAAGGCCAAGUUGAGAGCCACCAUCCAUACGCGACCCACUCCGCCACUCUGUGUCUCUCUCAUCGCAACUGCAGCUGCUGCUUCUCUUCCCAUGGUUCUACUGCUUGUGUAGAAAGUCUUCAUUUCAGGUUCGUGGAAUGCAGAAUGUAACGACAGGCAAGAAUGCUGCUCUUGUGUUUACCAAGACAGAACCAUGGUCAUGUACAUGCUAUUUAGUAAGUUUGGGGUUGGCUUCCUCCGUAGAACACAAGUAUAUAAUUACCAGCACAAGCGUACUCUGGUGAAUGUUAAAUUGAAAUGGGUUAAAGAUAGGGCAUUGGAUGCUGUUGUCUCUGCUGAGAGAGAUCUCAAAGCAGCCUGUGUUCUUGUUUCCAUUAUCUCCUCCUCGUCUCAUGGCUGCCUCCCAAUAUACCAUCUCACUUGUCACCGUGGACAACUCGGUCUUCCUUAUGACCUCAAGGUCUCUACUUUUGUUAGGAGAUACCCUUCUGUUUUUCUAGAGUCCCAUGUUCUCGAUAGUGGUGGCACUCGUGUACCAUGCUUUAGCUUAACACCUGAAGCCAUAAAGCUCCAACAAGAAGAGUCCAAUCUCGUCCAGAAGAAUCGUAUUGAUAUCCUUAAUAGGCUUCAGAAACUGCUUAUGCUCACUAGGGACUGGAAGCUUCCUUUACAAACUGUUGACCAGCUGAAAUGGGACCUAGGUUUGCCAUAUGAUUACCAGCAUUCGGUAAUUCCUCAUCACCCUGAUCUAUUCUCUUUCAUCCGUUUACUUGAUGACCGUGUUGGCUUAAAGCUUCUAUCCUGGGAUGAUGACCUUGCAGUUUCCCAAUUGCAAAAGAAUUCUGCUAUACAACAAGAGGAAGAAGGUAUGCGAAGUGGCUGUUUAGCUUUUCCAAUUGGAUUUACUAGGGGUUUUGGUUUGAAGAGAAAAUGCAUGGAAUGGUUGAAAGAGUGGCAAAGCCUCCCUUACCAUUCUCCAUACUAUGAUGCCUCCCACUUGGAUCCACGUACAGAUGAAUCAGAGAAGAGAAUUGUUGGAGUCUUCCACGAGCUUCUUCAUCUCACUAUACAAAAGAAAACUGAACGUAAGAAUGUGAGCAACCUUCGUAAACCUUUGGCCCUACCCCAGAAGUUCACCAAAGUAUUUGAGCGUCAUCCAGGUAUUUUCUACAUUUCAAAAAAGUGUGACACUCAAACUGUCAUUCUGAGGGAAGCCUACGAUCAUCGACAACUCUUGCAGAAACACCCUAUUGCCAAACUGAGAGAAAAAUUUGCGAUGCUGUUGAGGAAAGGUUUGCUGGAUAGGAGCAAUGGUCUAUACAAGAAGAGUUCUGGUGAUGUAUCAGGAGUAGGUCUAUUAAAGAAUACCGUUGUUGAUAGUAUCAGUGAUUACAGAUCCGGCCUUAAUGAGGAUUCGGAGAAUGAUUUGCCUUAUGAGUACGAAUCAGAUGAACUGCACAACCCUUGCUGAGUCAAAGUUAGCAGCUGACUGAUCUGUCCAGUUUGUCUACAUCAUAGGCGUAACUUGUAAUUUACAAGUAGACAUGCAUUUCAUGCAAGACUUGCAACCAUUUUCAGAAUAGGUAGCUGGACAGGAGCAGGGGAAAAUGCAGGUGCUAGACUAGAAGAAGGAACAAACAGUGUAGCACAUAUUAUGUCAAAGUUACUUUGUAAACAACUAAACAUACAAAUGUAAUUUCUACCAUUCAGUU